UGCCUGCCCACUGGAGGCUUUCCUCCAACUGCGGAGAUUCUCUGCAAAAUCCCGGUUCUUUGGAAAAUCCUUCCUCGCAGAAUGUUGUGCUUGAAUUGUGGGAGGAGACCCUCCCGACCCAACAAACGUUAAUGAGACCCCCCUGGGACAGAUCUAGGGUUAGUGACAUAUGGGAAGGACUGGAUGCUCGCCGGUGUGACCGACCUCAUCGGGUGUAUAUAAAGUUCGCUCAGUGCUGAGCUGAACCACUUCACUGACUCCAGCCCAUGUUUGUUUUUGAACUCCAUCGCCUGGUGCAGUUACACCGGAACGUUGAGCGAGUGUUGAGUUUCACUUCAACCCUUUGUUUCGCUGUUACUACAAAUGGAUAUCAUGGUCGAGUGCCACUUUUCUCCAUCCGAUCUGUUCUACGAUAAUUCUUGUCUGUCAUCGCCCGAGGAAGCAGACUUUGCGGAUGAUUCCGAGCACGGCGCAGUGGUAUUUGGGGACCACAAGCUGGAGUCCCGCGGAACCGAUGAAGAGGAACACAUCAAAGCACCGAACGGCCACCACCAGGCUGGUUGCCUUGCGUGGGCUUGCAAAGCCUGCAAGCGCAAAAGCUCCAACACCGACAGGAGAAAAGCUGCCACCAUGAGGGAGAGGAGGAGACUUAAGAAAGUUAAUCAGGCUUUCGAGACUCUGAAGAGAUGCACAAGCGCCAACCCGAACCAGAGACUGCCCAAGGUAGAGAUAUUGAGGAACGCCAUCAGCUAUAUUGAAAGUCUCCAGGAUCUUCUCAGGGAACAGGUGGCGAACUACUACAGCCUCCCGGGCAAUGACAACUCGGAGCCGGGCAGCCCCACGUCCAAUUGUUCAGACGGAAUGAUGGGGUGUAAUAGUCCCGUUUGGUCCAGAAGAAACAUCAAUUGUGAUCGCAUUUACUAUUCGGACUUACAGAACGUCUGUGCCAGCGGUCGAGGCCUUGGUGUUUCCAGCUUGGAUUACCUGUCCAAUAUAGUGGAACGGAUCUCACCGUCCCCAGAGCGUUGUCUCCUUUCAGGGCCGGACGGAAGGAUCUCGUCGCCGCUUGUCAGCGACAUGUCCCAGCCGACCACUCCCAGCCAGCCAGUCUAUCACGUCCUUUAGACCGUCCAACAAAGCCACCGCAAACUACAGCGUGUAACUAUCAAGGUCAAACGGAUCAAGUUCCAUACAUAGGAAAAUGUUGACUGUAUAUUUGUAAAUAACGUUAUAUCCAUUACCGUCAUUAAAAUAAUUGUAUUUAAGAAUUAAAUAAAAUCACGAACGAUU